UCUCUUGUGUUGCGUUCGUUUAAUUAAUUAAUGUGACUGCAGACUCUGUGUUUUCUAGAAAUAAACGUUAUUCAACGUUUGACUGAUUGUUUAUCUCGUGGAGCGUUUCGCUGUCGGGGGUCACAUUCCUAGUCCCGUAGACCUGAAACCUGUGUAUUAAGAAGCUAUCCUACACAAACUAAAAUUUACAUCAGCUCGCCAGGGAGUUAAGUUAAGUGGGGGUCUUAUCGAUCAUGCCAUGCAGGGUUAAUGACAGGUGGUAGGUCAGCUUGGAUCACUUGUGUGCGUCGUUUAUCACCUUUACUUGAGUUGUCAUUCACAUGUUAAUAAAUAAACUAAACCAUUUACUUGAUUGGAAGAGGUGAAUGCUAUCAUCACCAUCCUCAGUGUAAUUAAUGUGCUAGAUAUGUUAAUUAAUUAAUUUAGCAUUCAUUCACGUAGAAUGGCUAAACUGUUUAGGAUUAUUUAUUAAUUAAUUAAGGACAGCAGUAAAGGAGAGCUCUUGUACGGGGCUAAAUGGUUUCUCUCAAAAGGUCAUUUCCAGGAGAGAGCAUGAUGCUUUAAAGUAGACUGGACACAUUUACUGUCUGCUACCACAAGCACCUACUCUACAAACGUUUCUUCGUUUCGCUGGUAAUACUAUUUCUAUGUCUAGGUGUCAUUAUUACGUGCCGUUCGUACGUGCCAUUUCUACGUGUGAAUUAUGAUUUUUACUUAGGCCUUCCUUUGCUCUCGGUGGACGCGAGGAUAGCAACAGCGUAUCCGUGGCAAUACCGUCGCCUACCGACAUAUAAAUAUUGCUGCGCAUGCGUUUCGACUAAGUACGUGGGUGUGUUAACUCCGCCUACCGUCGGUCACGCGACCUACUGCAAUUUCCAGGCCAAAUAGCUACGAAGCGUUAGCAAUCGAAGGUUCUGAAUGCUAAACGCAUUGUAUUCGCGUACAAUUUUGCUCAAGACACACAACUGGUGGUGUUUCGAGCGCUCAAAACGCCCGUUCUCAAUGACGUCUGCUCAACGUCCGGAUUGCGUAACCACAGAGGGCCAUCCCCCUACACAGGCAAGUCGAAGCAGGUCUGCAGCUCAAAGAGUAGCGAUUCACUGCAACACGGCUCUAACUGUCAGCGAACGAGACCGCAGGUAACACACAAUUGAGUAGACUGACUGACAUAGCACCGACGGUUUGUUUUCUUUCUACCCAAACCACUAGUCUAGGCGACGAGUCCCCUGCUUUGUUUCUCUUGUUUUGUUGCGAUCAUCAUUGUGUGAGUCUGUGUUUAUUAACUAACUGUCCUUGAGGAUAUUCUGUCCUAAGACGUUGCAUGAGGUAAAUUAAGAGUCUCUAGAGAGUGCGUAUCUACCAAUUCCGGACAGCGUGACUCGGCUGUUUGCUAUAGAUACGUACACGUUGCCACUGAACAUGAACAACUCAUAUUUAGAACGUUUCAGAACAGAUCUCUAGACUGGCAGACUGAUCGACGUCAAGGGAUACCGUAUAGUGUGCAUGGCCGUAGGAAUUCAGUUCCAAGAAUACAUGUCUCUAUUUGCCGUACAAAGUGUUGCGAUCACGCUCAUAUGUUUCUUCUUGUGUUUCCUCUGAUACACUUUGAACCGUAUGUUGAGCGUGGCCAUGCUAGCGACAAACCAGAAAACUACUUAGCUUCUUUGAUGGUCUAGAUAGAGCUAGUGCAUGGGAAUUCCUUAAUUAACUGCAUACAAGAAAUAUAUAUAUAUAUAUAUAUAUAUAUAUAUAUAUAUACUAGUAUUGAAGUGAUCUAGUAAUUUCUACAGUCAGCUUCUCUGCUAAUGUCAGUCUGUCAAGAAGAGAACUCUCGACUGCAGUACCUCUAACAAAGAAAGCACGAGCAAUUGUGAGAUGGAAACUAAAGACUCAUCUAAGCUUUCUCUACAGAUCUGAUGUCGCAAGACAGUUCUUCGUCGUCUGAUACAGAUGCAUUGAGUGACCCUAAAAUUGCAAGAUUGCGAGCAUUUGACGAACUGUUGCCGAGCCCUGCACCAGCUCAACCAGAAGAGAUCGAAUGGUCACCGCCAACCGAAUUGUUUCGACCAAAUUCCAGUGUUUCCAUGCCGACCGGCCAAAUCGUUUCCGUGCAAACUAUGACAAUAGACAAUUUAACAGAAUACGCCCAAUCAACGGAUCGAACACUAACAGAAUAUUGUGUGGAACACAUUGAAAUUGCGGAGGAUGAUCAAGCACGGAUCACUCUGCGUCGGCUUGGUACAGGAAAUUCGGCUCUACUCGUCACUAAGAACUACGUGCCUCUUUUCAGCAAAGGACAAGGUUGGGUGUCUGUCUGCCCAGAAGAGACGUACAGAUUACUUUUAUUUACGUGUCAACUGAUAGCCGAGAGUGAUAUAAUUUUAAUAUCUGAUUAUUAAAGUAAUGAUUGUAAUAAGUGAUUAUAGCAAUUAUAUGCGUUGGAAACUCUA